AUGGCAAGUUUCUCGGGCACUUUCGUUCUGAGGGGCACCUUCAUUCAUUCUCCAACUUUCGAGGAACUCGAGUAUCUGGAAGACCAUGUGUGCGUGGUGUCCAGCAAGGGGCAAGGCGGCAAAAUACUUUCUCUCUUGCCUGCGUCAGAAUCAACGACAGUCCUAGCUCAGCAUGGUCUGCUCGAGAGCACCGUCUACAAGAUCCCGGAUGGCCGUUUCAUGUGUCCGGGAUUCGUGGACACACACUUUCACGCACCUCAGUACUCGUAUUCCGGGACAGCCACGGACAAGCCCUUGAUGGCAUGGCUGGACGAGUACACCUUCCCCAGGGAGUCAAGGCAUCAGGACCUGGCCCUUGCGCGCACAGAGUACUCCAAGCUCGUGCAGAGGCUGUUGUCGAACGGCACAACCACAUCCCUCUACUUUGCAUCCCUGCAUCUGGAGCCUGCACAGCUCCUGGCAGAGCUUCUGCAUCAGGCUGGGCAGAGGGCAUAUGUGGGCCUUGUGUGCAUGGACCGCAACUCCAAAGACUUCUAUGUGAAGAGCUUGGAGCAGAACCUGUCUGACACUGAGGCCUUCAUUGAAUCCACCAGGGGCCUCGAUACAUCUUUGGUGCACCCAGUGGUUACACCCCGCUUCGUGCCCACCUGCUCUCCAGAGCUGUUGGCCAGUUCAGGCGUGCUUGCCCAGCGGUACAGCUGUCAUAUCCAGAGCCACAUCAGCGAGAGCCUCGACAAUGACGCCUUAGUGGCGCAGCUUCAUCCUGAGGUGUGCAUGGACACAUCGCUGUAUGACAGGGCGGGUAUGCUGACUAACCGCGCAGUAAUGGCGCACGGCGUCACGCUGACAUCAGCGGAGCUCGCCCUGCUGGCGGCGCGCGGCACCGCAAUCGCGCACUGCCCCCUGUCGAACUUCUUCUUCGCCGAUAUCCCCCUGGAUGUUCUGCGCUGCCGGCAGCUUGGUGUCAGGGUGGGAUUGGGGACGGACGUGGCGGGAGGAUACAGCCCGAGCAUGCUGAAUGCCAUGCGCAGCGCAGUCAUCGCGGCCAAGACCGUGCGCAUGCUGCGCACCGACAGGGAACGGCUUGCAGAACGGCGCCGGGGAGCUUUCUGGCUGGCCACCAUGGGCGGGGCCCAGGCGCUCGGCUUGGAGGCCAAGAUAGGCAGCUUUGAGGUGGGCAAGGAGUUUGAUGCGCUGAUGGUUGACCCCGCUGCUGGGUCCAACAUUGACACCUUCACUAGCGACACGCUGCUUGACACGUUCCAGAAAUUCAUCAAUCUGGGUGACGACAGGAACAUCAGAGCUGUCUGGGUGCAAGGCGGCCUUGUAUUGUGGAAGUGA